UUAUUUGUUUUUUCUUUUUUCGUUUCCCUCUUCUCUCUCUGGCUUUGAGAAAUCUCAAGUUUUCAGCUUCCUUUCCUUCAAAAACCCAAAACCCUUGAAGCGAAAUUUUCAAACCCCAAAAUCCCAAAAUGGGGAAGUACAUUAGGAAGGCCAAAACGGCAGGGGGAGUUGCCGUAAUGGAUGUCUCGCAGGCUUCCCUCGGUGUUCGGACCCGAGCCAAAACCCUCGCACUUCAACGCCAGAAAUCGUCGACUUCUCCGGCUACGGUUGCUUCGGCUCCGGCUUCAGGAGACGGCUCGUAUCUACAGCUUCGGAGUCGACGGUUAGAGAAGCCGCCGCUUGUGGUGCACCACCAUGAUUCGAAGAGGCACAAGCAGCAGCAACAGCAACAACAGGGGUGUAAGAAGGAUAACUUUGGACAGAAUCCUAACCCUAGCUCGAAUUCUAGGGUUCGAGUGGGUAGCGAAAAGAAAAAGAAAGGUGAAGUUGGAAGCCAAGACACUGUGCAAGAAGACAAUGGAAAUGAUAAUAUUAUUAACUACAGCAAUCUUAACAACGAUAAUAAUAAUGAAAGCAAUGAUUUUGGUGGUGUUGAAACUUCUUUUGGAGAAAAUGUUUUGGAUAUUGAAGCUAGAGAGAGGGGCACUAGGGAAUCAACUCCAUGCAGCUUGAUAAGGGACCCAGACAGUAUAAGAACCCCGGGUUCAACUACUAGGCCAACCAGAUCAGCCGAGACUAACCAAAGAGUACAGAAUUCAACGCGGCGACACAUCCCAACAUCACAUGAAAUGGAUGAGUUCUUUACUCUUGCAGAAGUAGACCAGCAAAGACAAUUCAUCGAGAAGUACAACUUUGAUCCAGUUAAAGAUAAGCCACUUCCAGGACGUUAUCAGUGGGAGAAAGUGGACCCCUAGACACCAUUAGUGUUCCAUCAGCACUUAAAUAUUUCCUACUAAAUUAUCAGUUGAUCUUUAAGUUAGGUAGUUUUAGCUAGUAGGAAUUAGCCUUAGUUGUAAAGGUGACGGUUUUAUUUCCAUUUUCCAUCACCCUUAACUGUUAAAAAGAAAAAAAAAUGUGUCGACUAAUGGUCUGUAACAUAACGGUAACGAGUUACAAGAAAGAAAAAAAAAGAGUCUAACAGAUCAUCUUGAGAAGGGAAGGGAAGGAAGGUGUGGGUUUAGAGUUUAGGAAGUUUUAGGGUCAGUUGAUCUGGUACAGAAUUUCUUUGUAUUUUCCUCCCCUUGUUUGUCUAUACUUGUAAUGAUGGAACUUUGAGACACUCUUUGGACUAAACAUGAUCCCUUUCCUCCUA